AUGUCGACCGACCCCAAGAUCCAGGAGCUUCUCACCAAGCCUCGUAACGAGCUCACCGAGUACGAGAUCGCCCAGCUCGAGGAGCACGAGUUCAGCGCCGGACCUCUCUCCAUCCUCCAGACCGCCGUCCGCAGCCACACCCAGGUCCUCAUCUCCAUCAGAAACAACCGCAAGCUCCUGGCGCGUGUCAAGGCUUUCGACAGACACUGCAAUAUGGUUCUCGAGAACGUGAAGGAAAUGUGGACAGAGACCCCGCGUCUGGCCAACGGCAAGAAGGGCCGUCCCGUCAACAAGGACCGUUUCAUCAGCAAAAUGCCAGUACACACUUGCCGGCAACACGACGCGCCGGCCCCCGUUCCCGACAUGACAACAUCGCAAGCUAACAUACGAUGCAGGUUCCUCCGCGGUGAUAGUGUCAUCCUGGUUCUCCUGAGCUGA